AUGACUACCUCGGAAAAAGACGCCCUUCUUCUGGGGGAAUCGUUACAUUCUCGAACAACUCUUCAAGUUGUUCUGGAAUCCCUGAUAUACGGUUUCAUCGCUGCUGCUGGAUUUAAAGGAAAUCUUCUCGCUCUUUACAUCGUUUACAAAACUCCGAGACUACGUAAUGUAUCAGGGCUCUUUGUUGCUUCACUCGCCCUGUCAGAUAUUGCCAUGUGUCCUAUUGUUGUUCCGCCAUCUUUGAUAACCCUAAUAGCAGGUCGCUGGACUUGUGGCUUCAUUGCAUGUCAGCUUCAAGGCUUUGUUGUCUUAGCAUCAGUGGCUGCCUCGCUGCAGACCAUGGCCCUUAUGUCUAUAGAUCGAUAUUUCCGCGUUAUUUCCGCGUCCAAUGAAACAUCGAAGUUUAUUCACCAUGCCACGCGCACGGUUAAUGGCCGCAGUCCCUUAUCUUGCCAGUGGUAG